AUGUCAAAGGAAAACCCUGUGAGGACCACUGUAUACUACAGCAUUCUAACCGAAUAUGUGUCAUCACACUCGCAGGAUCUCAUCCAGUUCUUCAAAGUGGAAAAACAAUCAAAAGCAUUUCCUAUCAAAUCAGUACCAACUGUAGCAGACUUCAGAACAAGGUUUCUGGGAAGUUUAAGCGGGGGGCACAGUUUCUAACAGAACUGGCACCUCUGUGUAAGAUUUAUUGCUCAGAUGGAGAAGAAUAUACCAUAUCCAGCUGUGUUAGAGGUCGGCUGAUGGAAGUGAAUGAAAACAUCCUCCAUGAGCCAUCUAUCCUUCAAGAGAAGCCAUCCACUGAAGGCUACAUUGCAGUUGUGCUGCCCAAAUUGAAGAAAGUAAAAGCAUCACAGAAGAGGUUACUGACCCAAGAACAGUAUGAAGAAGUGCUGGUGAAACGCAUUAAUGCCACAACAGCCACAUCGUGAGGACCAACAUGGAGCAAAAUGACAUGGGACUCUCACUCCUGCCUGGCCCACGG